AUGGCUGCUGCAGCCUUGUCGGCAAGGGAGGUCUGGGUAGUGACGAAGUGCAGCAUUGCUGUGUCAAGCAGCAGAAGCAGCUGGAAUAACAGAACCAGCAGGAACAGCAGUAGAGCAGAAGCAGUGAUGCAUCAGUACCAGCAGUACACAGCAGUAGAGCAGAAGCAGGAUUCUGGGGAUUCUGUGCACAAACCUUCAAUGGAUUCUGAUGAUUCUGCGCUCAACCCUUCAAGGGAUUCUGGGGAUUCUGUGCACAAACCUUCAAGGGAUUCUGGGGAUUCUGUGCACAAACCCUCAAGGGAUUCUGGGGAUUCUGUGCACAAACCCUCAAGGGAUUCUGGGGAUUCUGUGCACAAACCCUCAAGGGAUUCUGGGGAUUCUGUGCACAAACCUUCAAGGGAUUCUGGGGAUCCUGUAUACAAACAUUUAACGUAUUCUGUGUACAAACAUUCAGGAGAUUCUGGAGAUUCUGUGUACAAACCUUCAAGGGAUUCUGGAUAUUCUGUGCACAAACAAUAA